AUGACCCGAAUGGGCCGGAUGAUCACAUUCGAUUCAGUUCUGCCCAGUGCGCCUUUUGCAGGCCUGUCUGACUGGGGACACCCACGAGAGCUGUGCGGCGAUGACCGAAUGAGCCGGAUGGUCACAUUCGAUUCCAGUUCUGCCCCCGGAAAGUGUGCCCCCGGACUCCAACCUGUCACCAUUUUAGAUCCAAAUCCACCAAUCAGAAAUCUAAGGAUGAAAGAAAAGGCUCAGCAGUUGAUGUGGGACCUGAACAGAAACGUGACCGGCGUGGAGUGUAUCAAAGGCACCGACUAUUCUAUGCCGGCAAUGAACAGCAGCUAUUGCCAGUUCGGAGCCAUUUCCUUAUGUGAAGUGACCAACUACACCGUCCGAGUGGCCAGUCCCCCGUUCUCCACGUGGAUCCUCUUCCCUGAGAACACUGGGAUGCCUCGGGCCGGUGCGGAAAAUCUGACCUGCUGGGUUCAUGAUGUGGAUUUCUUGAGCUGCAGCUGGGCGGCAGGCCCAGCGGCUCCCGCUGACGUCCAGUACGACCUGUACUUGAACAAUCCCAACAGCCACGAACAGCACAGGUGUCUUCACUACAAAACGGAUGCUCGGGGAACACAGAUCGGGUGUCGGUUCGAGGACAUCGCUCGACUCUCCCGCGGUUCUCAAAGUUCCCAUAUCCUGGUGAGGGGCAGGAGCGCAGCCUUCAGUAUCCCCUGCACAGAUAAGUUUGUCUUCUUUUCAGAGAUUGAGACAUUAACUCCACCCAACAUGACUGGAGAGUGUAAUGAGACACAUUCCUUCAUGCACUGGGAAAUGAGAAGUCAUUUCAAUCGCAAAUUUCGCUAUCAGCUUCGGAUCCAAAAGAGAAUGCAGCCUGUAAGGACAGAACAGGUCAGAGACACAACCUCCUUCCAGCUACCCAAUCCUGGAACGUACACAGUGCAAAUAAGAGCCCAGGAAACAAUGUAUGAAUUCUCGAGUGCCUGGAGCACCCCCCAGCGCUUCGGUGAGUGGGGAGUGGGGAGAGGAGAUUCACUCCCCCAGUUUGUGACCUCCAAAAGGCGCCUGAACCUGAUGACUGAGGUGACCCGUGACCCUCUCCCCCUAGACCAGAGGCCCCGGCCCGUGACCCUCUACAAUCCUCUCCUGGGCCCCAGAGUCCUGACUGAGGCCCGGCCCGUGACCCUCUCGUCCUCUCCCCCUGGGCAGGAGCCCCGGCCCACUGAGGCCUGGUCCGUGACUCUCCCUGAGCUGCAGGCCCAGACUGAGGCCCGGACGUGGCCUCUCGCCCUCUCCCCUGAGCUGAGGCCCGAGAUCCGUGACCCUCUACUCCUCUCCCCUGGAGCUGAGGCCCGGUCCACAGAGGCCCGGAUCCCUGGUCGGUGCGGGUUUGGAGCUGGACCAUUUCUCUUUCCUCCGAGGUAUCUGGUGAUGCAGAGACUGUUUCCCCCCAUCCCACACAUGAAGGACCCCAUCGGUGACACCUUCCAACACGACAAGCUGGUGGUCUGGGAGGCGGGCAAAGCCGGCCUGGAGGAGUGUCUGGUGUUGGAAGUACAGGUGGUGGAGAAAACUUGAGACCGGGGUUCAGGGCCUGCCAGGGGCUGCCUCAAUCUCCCUGGCCAGGCCAGGCGCCUGCACAGCCUGGGCUGCUGGACGCGGCGCAGAAGCGGACGUUCCUAACGGGUGGUGGGCGUGGGAGACGCCUGUGCAUUGUAGUCCGAGGCUGCCAGGAAAAGGAAAGAACAGAA